AUGCGGUUUUGGUCUUUUUGUCCGAAAAAAAAUUAUAUAAAAUUAUGCGAUGAUUUGUUAAAAAUUUUGCUGGACGAUAACGUUCGUAACAAUCCUAAGGCUUUCACCAGCGCCGUGACGCAAAGAAAAAUUCUGGCUCUCUGUGCAGUAAGUAGAGAAACAUUCAUGAGCCAGAGUAUGCUUGUUGAAAUGGACGCCCCAGUCAAUAUAUGCGGUGACAUACACGGGCAGUACGUCGAUCUAUUAGAAUUGUUCAGGGUCGUCGGUAAUCCUUCCGAAAAACCAUUUCUUUUUUUAGGUGAUUACGUGGACAGAGGGAAGCAGUCUUUGGAAUGCAUAUGCCUGCUCUUCAUUUAUAAAGUUAAAUACCCCAAAACAUUUUUUUUGUUGCGUGGCAACCACGAAGAAAAGCAAAUGAACGAAGUCUACGGCUUCUCUGAAGAAUGUGAGAAUAGGUACAGCAGCAAACUAUGGCAAAGUUUCAUUGACGUUUUUAACUGCAUGCCCGUAGCUGCGGUUGUCAGCAAGAAAAUAUUUUGCUGUCACGGAGGAUUGAGUCCAAGUUUGACCAGCCUCAAACAAAUUAAAAGGAUAAGAAGACCCAAAAGUGUGCCAAGGAAGGGCAUCAUGUGCGAUUUAUUGUGGGCAGAUCCGAAAACCGACUGUAAAGUAAUGACGGGAUGGAGUGAAAAUGUUGAUCGCGGAAUAUCAUGCACCUUUGGCAGGGAUGUCGUUCAAAAUUUCUUAAAAAGAUUUGAUUUUGACCUUGUCUGCCGAGCACAUGAAGUGGUUGAUGAUGGUUACGAAUUCUAUUCCAACCGGGGACUGGUCACCAUCUUCUCAGCCCCACUCUACACCAGCAAGUUUGAUAAUGACGGGGCCGUGCUGAGCGUUGAUGAAAAUUUGCGUUGCAGUUUUCAUAUUUUGAGGCCGUCAGUUAUAAAAUCCCACGCUGACCAAAAUGAACAAUCUAAUCCAUAUAAAUGA